AUGAUGAACGUACCUCAGAUCAAGUCGAUCUGGCUCGAUGAAGACGAUGAAACAGAAAAAUUAUAUGGUUUACAAGCUCACCAGCUUCUGGAUUCUGACGAUGAUGAUGAAUUGGGCGUUGUAAUGAUCAAUAGUGAUAAACCUGUCUUAAGUAAUAGGAAAAACAUUAAUCUUCCUCCAUUGCCGCCAAAUGCGUAUGAUAAACAAUCUGGAAAGAAAUCUUUCAAGAAGAAGAAGAACAGCCUCUUAAAACUGUUUCAAAAUAAAUCAAGUAAAGAAGAACCUCCUAAGUUAAAAAUUUCUGUCCCAUUUGGAUUUAAUCACAUCUCACAUGCAGAUUCUAAGGCAGGAUUUGAAAUGCCUACUGCAGAUUCACCACCACCAUCUAACAGUCACUUACAGGAUAUACCGGAAAAUACCAAAUUUCCGACAAACUCAACAAUCAAUUCCCCAACGCAAAUGACUAAAGCUUUCGUAACAGAUGCAAUUCCAUAUGCUAAACACCAUCUGGUUUCUAGAGGGUCAUCUACAAAACGUUCUUCGGUUGGAUCCAGUACGUACUCGAACCAAAGAGUGACAUCAACUUCAACAAUGGCUACCUCCUUGCUAAACGAUUCGCAUAUGCGUUCCAUUUCAAAAUUAACUACCCUAGAGAAGACACAUUUGAAGCAUAAAUAUUCUCAAUCAGAUGCCAGUGAAGUAGAUGUCGAUUUCCUAAAAAACUAUCAGUUCCCAACUUUGCUAGAAGAACAAUCAAUCCUCCAGGUAUCAACACCUGAAACGGGAGACAAGAAAAUAGACAAAUUCCAAUGGGAAACACCAGUAAAUUCUGCGGAUCUUUUAGAGACUAUGCUUUUGGAUGACUUGAAAUCAGUACCAAAAAAAUCAAUUACACCAAAGCACUCAUUGAAAAGAAACUCUGAUCCAAUUCUGACACCAAUUUUAAGGCCAUCAGAAUACUUAGACUCUCCAAGAACCAGAAGGUCAGUUGAUGAUGUUUUAUUAUGCUAUCUACAGCCUAGUGAUGCUGGAUCGUCAUUGGAUGAAAGCUCUAGUGAGUUUUCCUACGCUAGAAAUUCAAACAUUUACUAUAAAUCUAUUCUAUGA